CUUCUAGUUCAAUACACCACUUCUAACCACUUUACGUUGCCAUAACAUUUUAAUUUUUAAGAGAUUUUGUUUAUAAAACCAGAAAAAUACAACCUUGUACUCCAAACAUGGCUGUUAAAUCGAUAAAUUCCACAACAAAAACUGUUAUAAAAACUAAAUAAAAAUUUAGAAAUUCUUCAUUCUUAAUAAAAUUUUAAGUAAAAACAAAACUUUCGGCUAAAAAGCACAAAAUUUUACGUAGUACGAAUAGGUGUGAAGAACCAUGGCUAAAAAGGGAGGAGUGCAGCAGCUUCAAGCAGACAUACAAAAUGAUGAAGAUUUUGAAAAGUUUUUAGAGAGACCAGGAUUAUUGGUUUUAGAUGUGUAUUCUGAUUGGUGUGGUCCAUGUUUGGGUAUGGUAGGCAGUUUGAAGAAGAUUAAAUUAGAAGUGGGUGGUGAUAAUUUACAAUUGGCUAUAUGUAAAGCAGAUCAUAUAACAGCUUUGAAAAGAUUUCGUCGUAAAAGUGAACCCACCUGGUUGUUUGUAACGGAGGGCAAAGCCAUUAACCUAAUGUUUGGCACCGAUGUGCCACGUCUUAUGAAAUUGAUAACACUUGAACUUACCCGUCUCAAGGAAGGCAUUAAAUCCCGGCCUGUUUAUAAUAUCGAUGAAUAUCAACCUGAAGAAGUGGCCCGUCGUAAGGUCAAAGAAGAUGCUGAGGCACUGGCAUUACAAAUUGAGACAGCCGAUCGUGAAAAGAAGCGUCUGGCCUAUUUAACGUAUGUUACCGAUACCAUUAUGGAAAAUCUUAGCGAUAUUGGUAUUACCAUCUUUGGUCCACAAGUUAAUCGUGAUAUGUUUAAGAAAAUCAAUGAACCGGCCGAUGCUUUAAAGAUCCAGUGUAAAGAUCGUAAAGUUGUACAGAUCUCCAAAGCAGAUUUUGAUAUAAUACAUUUCAAAUGUCCCAAUCCUUUAAAUGAUGAUGUUUUGAAUCUAUUAAAUGGCAAAGAAUUGUUGGUGUGCUUUUGGAAAUUGCCAGCAGAGGGAGAGGAAAUUCCCAUUUUACUAAAACAAUAUGAGCAUGAAUUGACUAAAACCGUCACCGAACCAGCGGAUGAGUUUAAUGAAGAAGAAAGGGUAACGCCAGCUAUAAUAGCGCCCAUGGAUGUUAAGGUGGAGUAUGAAGUAGAGGACGAUGAUAUAUGCCUUGAGGAAGAAACUGCUGAACCAGUAGAAGACAUCGCAGAACCUGAAGGUGAAAUCAUUGAACCGGCCGAUGAAGAAGAAGCCGAAGAAGAUGAAUUGGAUAUUGAGGUCGACAAUGAGCCUUCACCUCCCGAAAUUCCUAUUUUAGAUCUCGAUCUGGGUUUAGAUGAACCCAAACCCGAAGAAGAAAAACCUCCAGAAAUCGUUGCAGUAACAGAGAUUCCUAAAAAACGUACUUGUACUAAAACCGUAACCAUACCGCCCAUUUGGGUACCCAAUAAUCAUCGCACCCAUGCUGCUCUUAUUUAUGUGUAUUUUCAUAACCAAACUUCUGCAUUUUUACCACCCGAUCCUGUGCCGGAACCACCACAUGUCAUCAUGGCUUUUGAUGCUUAUAAAAAGAGAGACUUAAUCAGUCAUGCUGAGUCUCAUAAAGAUGAUGUUCCCCUCUAUGGUUUCUUUACCAGUGAAGAUCCGGAUGAGGCAAAAUUUAUUGCAAAUUCGGCAGCGAAAUACAAGCCAGUGUCUGCCAAUGACAAACUCAUCCUUAAAGUCAAUAAAGCCUCAUCCAAUACCAUGUUAUCUUUGGUCACUUAUGGCCCUAGUUAUGUCAGUCCCAAUUCCGUGGUGGGUCAUGAAGAAGCCAAAAAAUUCUUCCCCGAAACCUAUAAAACUGCCGAACAGGAAGCAGCUGAAGAGGCCGCCAAAGAAUUGGAAGAUCCCAGUACAAAACGUAAAUCCAAAAAAUCACGUUCUAGUAAAACAACUGGAGAUAUCGAAGCGCCUACUACACCCACUAGUGGUGAAGAGGAAAGCGGUGAUAGUAUAACAGCGGCAGCAGAAGGUGAUGCUGAAGGCGUAGAAACGGUAACAGCCGAUGCCGUAGAUGAAGGAGCUAAAGUUGAAAAUGUGGAGGCAGCUGAGGCACAGGAUACAAAUAAUUAGCAAACACCAGGAAUUCAAUAUUUAUUUUUAUAUAUUUUCAUAUAGAUAUUUUAUAAAUUGUUUGUUCUCAGUUCAUAGCAAUGCACAUUAUUGUUUUGUUAUUUGUUUAGAAAAAUUACUUAUUAAUUACUUAAACCUCUUUUUUUAAUAUAAAUAACUUAAAAACUAAUAAAUAUUGAUUAUAUACAAAUAUUUAAU